AUGGGAAUCCCAAAGCUACAAGUUGGUAUGGCGGGACUUGGCCGAGUUAGCAAGUUCCACGCUACGAACUUCCUCCAGCGCCCCUGCGCCGAACUCGUCGCCGCUUUUUCUCCCGACCCCACUGAGAUUGCCUGGGGAAGAGUGAAUCUGGAGCCUCACAGGGUCACUCUGUACGAUAAUUACAAUGAAAUGCUCAAGCAUCCUGGUCUUCAAGCUGUGGCCAUAGGCACCGCUACUUCGGUCCAUGCCGAUCAAGUCAUCAAAGCCAUCGAUGUUGAGUUGCACGUUUUGUGCGAGAAGCCUCUAUCAAUUCACAUCGACCUGUGCAAAGCUGCAGUGAACGCCGCCAAGAAGAAGUCUCACCUGAAAAUGAUGCGCGGCUUCUCUCGGCGUUUCGACGAUUCAUACCGCGAGGCAUACCGCAAGGUCGAACAGGGACUCAUCGGAAGACCUUCGAUUAUCCGCAGCCAGACUUCCGUUCAAACAGAGCUGAAGAAGCAGAAGGAUUGCGAUAAUUCUCUUGGUAUUGUCGAGUUCCAGAAUGGCAAGAUCGCUAAAUACUACUGCUCGAGGAUGAUGGCUCAUGGACAAGAGGAUACCACGGAGAUUAUUGGUACGGAGGGAAAGUUGGCUCGCAGUCACGUCAAUUACUACCAUGGUGGUGGUAUCACUCGUGAGGUCCCUUCUAACUUCAGGGAUCGUUUUGGUCCUGCCUUUGUGCAAAAGGCAAACGAUGUCACUGCUGCAUGCCUGGACAAUACUCCGCUUCCUAUGAAGUUAAGCAAUGCUGUCAAGGCGGUUGGGAUUGGUGCUUAUCUUCAGGAGGCGCUGGUCACUGGAAAGCAGAUUCACUUUGAUGAGAUUGGUCGUCGAAUUGAGAAAGCUCAGCUAUAA